CCUCUCAACUCCGCGUGUACUUCUCUUGUCCAACAAUAUCACUCGGCAACCUGUCGGGAAGUUUGUAUGUAUAUAUUUUGGGCUACGUCCUAAAGGUAACGACGGAUCUUUUGCACUCAAGUAGAAUGACCCAGGCUGAGAGAGAUACUGAGAUCGCGAAAGAAAAAGAGAAAGAUCGAGAGAAGGAGAAAGAAAAAGAACAGAGAGGAGUGAAGAGACCGAUUGUGCCGCCGCUUAUUCCGGAGCCUAUUCAGGAGCAAAUUCAGAGCAACUUCAUUGUAGUAAUAAACCCUGGGUCCACCACACUGCGGAUUGGCAGAGCUACAGAUACCCUUCCUGUCAGCAUUCCACAAGUUAUUGCCAGACGUCGGAAACUUCAAGGACAUCCCCAUUAUGAGGAUGCAUGGCUGCUUAGGGAAGGCCUUAAUAAACCUGAAAGCAAUGAGCAGAGGCAGAAUGGUUUAAAAAUGGUGGACCAAGCAAUUUGGUCAAAGAAGAUGUCUAAUGGUGCACGCCGGAUUCCAGUGUCUGCAGAUCAGGCUAGGGCAUACAAUAAGCAAAUGCGCCCAGCUGUCUUAGACCCAAGCUCCAGAGUCAAGUGGACAAACACGUCUCACAAUCCAGAGUGUCUCAUUGGAGAAGAGGCACUUUUUGUGAACCCCUCAGAUUGUUAUAACAUCCACUGGCCAAUAAGUAGGGGGCAAUUAAAUGUUCAUCAAGGGCCCCAUGGUUCUCUGACUGCAGUUCUUGCCAAUAUUGAAGCAAUAUGGUCAUAUGCAAUACAGAAGUUCUUAGAGAUUCCUCUCAAAGAUCUAAAGUAUUACAGGUGCAUCUUGUUGAUCCCAGAUAUCUACAACAGACAACAUGUGAAAGAGCUGGUGAACCUGCUGCUUAUGAACAUGGGUUUCUCAGGUAUAGUGGUUCAUCAGGAGUCAGUCUGUGCAACCUUUGGUAGUGGUCUAAGUAGCGCAUGUGUGGUAGAUGUUGGAGACCAAAAAACAAGUAUCUGUUGUGUAGAGGAUGGUGUUUCUCACAGAAACUCACGGUUGUGUUUGGCUUAUGGUGGUGCAGAUGUGACUAGGUGCUUCUUCUGGCUAAUGCAGAAAGCAGGUUUCCCCUAUAGAGAGUGUCAGUUGUCAAGCAAAGUAGAUUGUCUUCUGUUACAACAGCUGAAAGAGAACUUUUGUCACCUAGACCAGGAUAUUUCUGGACUACAGGAUCAUGAAUUUCAAAUUCGAAACCCUGACUUGCCUGCUCUUCUCUAUCAGUUUCGUUUAGGAGAUGAGAAACUACAGGCACCAAUGGCCCUCUUCUAUCCAGCCACGUUUGGCAUUGUUGGACAGAAGAUGACUUCAUUGCAGCACCGUUCUCAGGGAGACUCUGAAGACCCUCAUGAUGAGCACUACCUUCUGGCAACUCAGAGCAAACAGGAUCAGUCUGCAAAGGCAUUAGCUGAACGAAAGGCUCUUUCCAAACCAUCUGGAUAUGAUAACGAGUCAUGCAACCAUAACACUGAUCCUUCUGACCGUGGCCAUUCUCAGGAUAUCGAUUUGGGACCCUCACAAAAUGACUGCAUCAUGGCUGCUGCAGAUAUGGAUGAUCCACCAUCAUCCCUUCUUUCCAGAAAAAAUGCAAUAUCCCAAUUUGAAGGGAAAGCACUAGGCCUGGAUAAAGCCAUUCUGCACAGCAUUGACUGUUGUGCAUCUGAUGAAACGAAGAAGAAGAUGUACAGCUCCAUUUUGGUUGUAGGAGGGGGUCUGAUGUUUCAUAAAGCCCAAGAGUUCCUUCAGCACAGAAUCCUAAAUAAAAUGCCUCCUUCAUUCCGGAGAGUGGUCGAGAAUGUGGAGGUCAUCACACGGCCCAAGGACAUGGACCCACGUCUAAUUGCCUGGAAGGGAGGCGCAGUCCUGGCCUGUCUAGACACUGCACAAGAGCUGUGGGUUUACCAGCGGGAGUGGCAGAGGUUUGGUGUGAGAAUGCUGAGGGAGAGAGCUGCAUUUGUCUGGUGAGCUGCCUUUGGGUUUGCCUGCGUCAGCACAACAUGUUGGCCAUCAGGAACCGCUUCUUAUUCAGCGGUCUCUUGGAAUACCCAUCAUCUGUUUAUACAGAUGCAUGUGGUGCAAGCAAGAGCACAAUAAUAAUUUAGUCUUGUAUAAUAUUUUCUUUCCUCUGGGGUGGAGCCAACUAAAAAAACAGAAACGUUCCUGGGAGUUUCUUGUAAAUUUCUUAUUUAAUCAUUUAGUUUUUUUAUACAUGCUUUAUGAUGAACUAAAGAAUUAUAUCUGUAAUGUGUACAUAAUUUUUUUGUUAUAAAAACAAGAAAAUGUAUAAAAAGUGCCCAUUUCUGUUUCAUUGCUGAUUCCCCAGUCUUGUGAUGUCUGCAUGUGUCCAGCUCUCUUCCUAGUCUUUGAUCUGGACAAGACGACUUUAAACUAGAGAUCCACAUGCUUGUGCUUGAACAGAUGCAAGUAAAGACCCUUUUUCUUUGUUAUGGAGUUGAUCUUAACAGAUCUACAGACGUGUAUGGGUGUUUCUGGCAAACACAUUCUUUUAUUUUGGUGUUUUCUAAUUAAGUAGAUGCAAACUGAAGUGAUUCUGGCCUAAGGGAAACAUAGUCAUAGAGCCAGGAGUAUAUAAUAUACAGUAAAUAUGUAAUAACAUAAUAACUGUGAAACUCCUUGAAAUUAAAAUUGCAGUAAUCAGUAAAGUUGAUGGUUUGAGAGAUCCUUUUUUGUGAAAGGAAGAGUAUAGCCCAAGCUUUAAAAAUAAAAUGAAGUUUUAACAAUUGCAUGCAAAAUACCAAUGCAGUAUAUUAACUUGAAAUGUUACAAUAUUAUGUUUUUUUGUUUUUUUUACCUCUGGUAAACGUGAAGCAGUAAUCUUGCUGCCAUUUAUUUAGAUUACUGUGCUUGGAGAUGCAUGUAGUGCUGUUUUAAUUGAAAAUCCUUUAUUCACAUGUAAAAAGUUAAUACUGUAAGCCUUCGGGAAGGUGCUAUGUGACGAUUCUCUGCAUCAAAGCACAAGAACUCCUCUAAUGUGCUUUAUUUCUGCCAGCGUCCAGAUGAAAGAUGUUACAUUAUGAAGACUUUAUUUUCUCGUUUUUGUUAGUUGAUAACAACUUCUUGUAGUCAAGGAUGGAGGUUUUGUUUUUUGUGAAGGCCACCAUGACGUUAUCACAAUACUUAGGUCACUGUGACUUCAAUGAGUGUGUGUGUGUGUAUACAUUUCCUUUUUAAUAUUUUUGCAGAAUUUGUUUUCAUACUGUGUUGGCAGAUUCAAUGAGCUUAAAAGGAAGUCCUUCCUCCAGAAGGAAAACAAAAAAACUGGUCUUGAUUUCAAAUCCUCGUGCACAUUUAUUUUAUGGUUAGACACAGAUAAACUGUAAACUGUAUAUAUAGUGUAAAAAGUGUGUGUGUGUGUAUAUAUAUAUAUGAUAUAUGUAUAUACUGUAUAUGUGCGUGUGUAUGGAAUGAAUAUGACCUUUUUUUUAUAUUGUGCAUCAUUUGGCUGUCCAGAUGUAUUUGUACAUUUCAAGACCCCAAUUAAAAAGCCAUUAUCAAUGUUAAA